AUGCUGCGCGGGGCUGCGGCAGCGGCCCGGCGGUGCCGCCUCGGCUUCGCUCCCGGUCCCGGUGCGGGUACCGGCCGGGGGCAGGCGGGGGCGCGGCGGUGCUCGGGCGCGGCGCGGCGGCGGCAGUGGGUGCCUCCGGCGGGGUGCGACAGCGGGAUCGUGGCUUACAACAGCCGGAGCCGGAGCAAGGAGCCGCUCGUGCUGGCCACGGAAGGAGUGGCGACCUGGUACAGCUGUGGGCCGACCGUAUAUGACCAUGCACACCUCGGGCACGCCUGCUCCUAUGUUAGGUUUGAUAUAAUUCGAAGGAUAAUGACAAGGUUUUUUGGAAUUGAAGUUAUCAUGGUGAUGGGGAUCACAGACAUAGAUGACAAGAUAAUAAAAAGAGCCAAUGAGAUGAAUAUAUCGCCAGUAGCUCUUGCUCGUAUUUAUGAAGAAGACUUUAAACAAGAUAUGGCUGCCUUAAAGGUCCUUCCUCCUAUGGUAUAUAUGAGGGUGACUGACAAUAUUCCUCAAAUAAUUUCCUUUAUAAAAACAAUAAUUUCCAGUGGACAAGCUUAUGCAACCUCGCAAGGCAAUGUUUAUUUUGAUGUUAAAUCCUGGGGAAAAAGAUACGGAGUGUUAACUGCUAUUAACCCUGAUACCCAAGAUGAAGCAGUUGAUUCUGAUAAACGACAUGGUAAAGAUUUUGCCCUGUGGAAGGCUGCCAAGCCUCAAGAGCUAUCUUGGAAUUCUCCCUGGGGAAAAGGACGACCUGGAUGGCACAUUGAAUGUUCCACAAUAUCAAGUGCAGUGUUUGGAAAGCAGUUGGACAUCCACACCGGUGGAAUAGAUCUUGCAUUUCCACAUCAUGAAAAUGAAAUUGCACAGUGUGAGGUGUAUCAUCAGUGUGAGCAAUGGGGGAAUUACUUUUUGCAUUCUGGGCAUUUGCAUGUUAAAGGAAGUCAAGAAAAAAUGUCAAAGUCAUUAAAAAACUACAUAACGAUUAAGGAUUUCCUGAAGAAAUGUUCAUCAGAUCAAUUCAGAAUGUUUUGUUUGCGUGGCAGAUACAGCUCAGCAGUAGAAUUUAGUGAGGAGAGCAUGGAAGAUGCAAAGAACCUUCUUCAGUCAGUCUCCUCAUUUAUUAGAGAUGCAAAUGCUUAUAUAAAAGGAGAGCUGGUGUGUGACCCUGUUAGAGAAGACAUAUUGUGGGAAAGGCUAGCCAACACAAAAGUAACCGUGAAGGCUGCGUUUGCAGAUGACUUUGACACCUCCAGGGCUGUUGCAGCAAUUAUGGACCUCAUUCACCAUGGCAACAGACAGCUUAAGGCUGUUACUAAGGAUGCUGGAUCUCCUAGAAGCUCUGUUGUGUAUGGAAGCAUUAUUUCCUAUAUAGAAGGCUUUUUCAAUGCCCUUGGGAUGUCCUUUGGAGAAAGACAGGUGGCUGUGGCAGCAGACAAGUCCGCAGUGCUCUCCAGUGUCAUUGAGGAGCUGGUGAGGUUCCGCACCAAGGUCCGUCAUUACGCGCUGGCCCUGCCGGAAGCAGCAGACGCGGAGCCACUGCAGGGUGCGGCGGGAGCCGAGGAGCACAAAGAGGAGCAGAAGGAAAGGAGGAAGCAGUUAAUGCGGGAGAGAAAGCCCCUCUUGGAGGCUUGUGACAGUCUGCGUGGAGACCUUGCUGCCUUUGGAAUCCACAUAAAGGACAGAGCUGCUGUUUCCACCUGGGAAAUUGUGGAAGGAAGGCAGACAGAGAAGCAAACUGAGAAAAAAAGCUGAUUCUUCAUCCUUGGACUUACUUUUUAUUUCAGCUACUUUGGCAACUGUUGUAAAUACUAAUUCUUUCAAAAUAAAAUCUGUUGAACAGAA